AUGGCGGACGAAAAAGAUAAAAAUACUGUUUGUCUUUGUCUUCAUUAAACUUCAAUAAUAUCCAAAAAUUCUGCUGGAAAAAAGACGAAAAUGGCUCAUUCUAGGAUAGUUCGACUUCCUCCGAUGCCUAAAGUGUCGGAUUUGCUUCGUGUUUAUGGGCUGUCGGCGCAGAAACAACUCAGUCAAAAUUUUAUCCUUGACCUCAAUAUUACAGAUAAAAUAGCCAAGGUUGCAGAUGUUUUUGACUGUUAUGUAUGUGAAGUAGGUGCUGGACCAGGUUCGCUUACAAGGUCUGUGUUACAAGCUGGUGCUAGGCAUGUCGCUGCUGUGGAACUGGACAAGAGAUUCCUACCAUCACUACAGCUUCUUGAAGAUGCGGCAAAAGGCAGAAUGACUGUUUAUCAUGCUGAUAUCAUGAAGUUUGACAUCCCCUCAGCAUUCCCUGACACGGAACCAUCACCAUGGGAACCUGGAGUUGUUCCUGGAGUAAGGAUGGUUGGUAAUCUGCCAUUUUCUGUGUCAAUCCCCUUGCUGCUCCAGUGGCUAGAGGCUAUUCCACAAAAGGCAGGCCCAUUCAAGUUUGGAAGGACACCUAUGUCACUUGUAUUUCAGAAGGAAGUUGCUGAGAACAUUGUUGCAAGCUCUGGUAGCUACGACAGAUCACGAUUGACUAUAAUGGUUCAGUAUUUAUGUGAAGUUAAAAAGAAAUACCAUCUGCCAAACUCUGUGUUCGUACCCAAACCCAAGGUUGAUGCAUCGCUGAUUCACCUGGUUCCUCGUCCAGUCCCCCUUAUUUCUGCUCCUUAUGUUGUUAUAGAACAAGUCGUCAAGGCAGUGUAUGCAAUGAGAAGAAAAUUCAUCCACAACCCUCUCAAGUUACUAUUCCCAGGGAAAGAACACCUCGUGGAAGACCUUGUACGUCUUGCAGAUAUUAACACAGAACAACGCGCACAUGAGGUAACAAUGAGUGACUUUGAUAAGCUAUGCCGUGCAUAUGUAGAACUUUCUGCCACUCUCGAUCUACCUCUACAACCACUCCAAGUGAACAGACCUGUUCGUGUGGCUGACUACUUGAAGGACACGUGACAGACAGACCCGUUCAUGUGGCUGACUACUUGAAGGCACGUGACAGACAGACCCGUUCAUGUGGCUGACCACUUGAAGGACACGUGACAGACAGACCCGUUCAUGUGGCUGACUACUUGAAGGACACGUGACUGACAGACCUAAUCACGUGGCUGACUUAAAGGACAUGUGACGGACAGAACUGAUCACCUGAACCUGUGUACCAAGCUGAAUGUACGUCAUUCAGGAAAAAAAACACUAAACGUACCAAUAUGGGUUAUAAACUGAUCAGAUAGAUAUUUGUGCAUUGAAUGAAGCGUUCGAAGACAACUGAGUCGAGGACUGUUUUAAGAAUUAAUGAUUCCAGUUUGCGGAAACGUUUGGAUUCACUCAUCUCAACGUCAUGAAUACGUCAUUAAAUUUUAUGAAACGUCAUCUUAACGCAGCAAUGAAAAUCAUCCGAUUUGAAUACCAAUUGAUUCUUCUAUUGGUGUUUUCCGAUUUCAGUUUACAACUAAAUAUUUCGUAAAAAUAAUAACUAAGCAUCUUCGAGAUAUUAAUGUAGAAACGACAGGGGAAAAAAAGGAACGAAAAGUAAAUUUAGUGCUAAGAACAAAGACGUAAUAAAAACGACUCAAUAGUGCGACAAAAAUUAAAUAAUUGAAAUUUUUUUGGUUGAAAAGUGCUGACUGCGACCUGCUUUUCGUACUUGCUUAUUUAUUGUGGUUUGCCAGUAUUGUUGGUGGCAAAAUACUGGUGGACGCGCGCGCACCUUUUCCCGCGAAAACAAGCUUGCCAGAACAGGUGACCGAUUGGUGCUUUGACAGAAUCUUCUACAAAAAUGUUUUUAUGUUAAUUAAGGCAUUAUUAUACUGUUUGGAAUAGCCUUUGGACUUCAGUCUAGUUCACAUAUAUGCCUGUGCCUCUAAAGAAUGGAAAUUUUGGAUUUUUAAGAUGGAAAAUUUUUAUUUUAAGAGUUUUUGCACAUUUGCCUUAGUAAUUUCUGUUUUAAGAAAGUCUGUCUCAUCUUCGUCAUUGGAAGAUGGUUCUAUUGCCAAAAACGGUGAUUUAAUUCUUGGAGCUUUGUUUCCAUUAUAUCGAAAAGAUUCCAAUGGGGAUUGUACUGUCGUCAACAAGGAUGGAUUGCUUUGGGUAAAAGCUUUGAACUUUGCUCUGGACGAGCUGAAAUCUAGCAAAAAUCCAUGGCUUAGGAAUGUAACAUUUGGGCUCUAUCUUCGAGAUACCUGUUCAAGACCUGCAUUGGAGCAUUCAUUGGAUAUUUUACACUUAAACAAGCAAAGCAAUUCUUUGAAAGAGACUUCCUCAAAAAAGGUCGUUGCUGUAUUAACAAACUCCAACGAUAUUGACUCUUCUACUUUACUUAGCCUAUUUCGAAUCCCACAGAUUCUAUUUUCAGAACAGAUAUACAAUGAAAAUGGCAGUUUCCCCAGGCAUCAACCAUAUUUCUUUGAAUCGAUAAAAACGAGCUACUACAGAGCUAAAUCCCUCGUAGGAUUGAUCAAAUAUUUCCAAUGGAAGUCAGUCUCUCUGGUUGUCAACCAACGUUUUUUAAAAGACUACUUGAUAUUCAAGCAUUUUGCAGAAAUGGAAGACAUUUGUUUAGCAGUGGUAUUGGAACAUGCUACGUCGGAUGAGCAAGAUAGUUCUACAGACAAGAAUCUGAUGCAUCGUUUAGGACAUGGUUUUGGAGCGGUUCGUGUGGUGGUGUUGUUCACGGACGAUAAGGAGAUGUUGAAAGUUAUACGAGGUGUUGGAGCAAGGAAGCCUUCACAUUAUAUAUGGAUCGACGCCAUGGGUACUGCAGAAAGUUUCACCCAGGAGCUAACAAGAACGACUGAAACAAUCCUAACCCUCGCCCCAGAAUAUAUGUUCCUAGAAGAGCUCAAAAACCAUAUUGUGCAGUUGGAUUGUAAGAAGGAAAAGAUUGAGCAAGAUGACAAAGAUGGCCCUGCGGUGCUAAUGGAUCAAUGUGACAUGGAGGUGGUGUCGAGUCAGGGGGUUUUGGACCAGACUUUGAAAGCCUUUGCAACCAAACAGAGUCAAGAUACCAGGAGGAGAGUAGCACACAGACGUGCCGUAGAGGUACAAGGCAUUAUGAAUAGUGUCGUUAAGGUUGGGCACGCUGUUUCACGGUACAUGGAAACAAAGUGUUGGGACAAAACCAAGGAAGAAUGCUUCGAGGCAUUCAGCAGCCACCACCUUGCAGAAGAAUUGCAAAUUCUGGUCCAAAAGUUGUUCCAAGGAGAUUCAAGUCACGACAACUCAGAGAACUAUUUCCUUAAAGAAAAUAUGUUUUCUCUUGUGAGUAUCCAUGGUAACAGCUCUGGUCUUCCGUCACGUGUCGUGGGUACUUGGGAUAACAAGAACUGGUAUAUCAAUCGUGCAGGGAUUCUUUGGCCGGGAAAAACCUCGGGCACACCAGACUCUACAUGUGAACCAACAUGCCCUCUAGGACACAUUCAGAUUGCCGAGAAAGGUCGCAAAUGUUGUUGGUCUUGCCAACCUUGUAAUUAUAAUCAGUACAUAACGAACACUUCCACAUGUGCAGACUGUGUGAGGGGUUAUUGGCCGUCAAAGGACUUUCGUAGCUGUGAAUUCAAGUUGGAGUUAGCUGUGUUGUCCUGUGCUGGGGCACUUUCUAGCGUGGCUGCUGUUUUAUAUUCCUUAGUUCUGUAACGAACCAAAAUUUUUCAAUUGUUGGAUGAGAAAUGAUGUGAUGGCGUUAGAGCAGUUUUCGUUUGAUGUUGAAAAGCUCACGAAACGAAAACCAUCGUGACACGGCAAGGAGUACGCCAGACUAAUUGUAUCCAAAACACGGCAUAAACACGGCACGGACAAGCCAAGGUCAUGGCACUGCCAGACCAAUCACAUUGCGCGAGAAAAAAAUUAGCAAAUUAAAAUGCUAGAAAACGUCACGGCACUGCACGCUUACGGCACUGAGCUUUUCACAUCCAUGCGAAAACUGCUCUAUAGGGGCCUUCUGGCGUGAGGAUUGCCUGAUUAUGAUGACGCUGGCGAUGGCGAUGGCGAUGGCGAUGGCGAUGGCGAUGGCGAUGGCGAUGGCGAUGGCGAUGGCGAUGGCGAUGGCGAUGGCGAUGCAUCCCAUCCAGGAGCGAGCGAUGCAUCCCGCACAAAUGUCGAUAGGACUCUUUCGCUUACACAUCUUAGACUUUAGCAUACCAUAAUAGGUAAUAGGGCACAGCCUGAGAUAGGAAAACCUUACCUUCAUAGAUCAUGAAAGGAUUUGACGUUUUCUUCUAAUCCUGAGGACUUAGAGAGAUAAUUCGCAGCAAAGAUGCAUUUUUUAAAUGCAUCAGGAUUUUGAAUCAGUGCAGUAAAUAGAAUUAGUUGAUCUCCGCAAGCAAUAGGUCUCAGUCGUAGGACAAUAUUUUCUAUUGGUCGUUUUGUAAUCACAAAUUUGCUCAUGCACUUGAAACUAACAUUUUGUUAAAAGAAUUGUACAAGGGUAUGCAUGCAUUUUAUACAUUUUCUAAUUGUCAAUAGUAUUCUUAAUAAUAAUUUGCAGGUAUAAAAAGUUUCAUAAUAAAGAGCUAGUUCACCGAG